UUAAUAUUUUCUCACCACACACACAAAUUCCCAAUCAUUUUCAGCUUCUUCAUUUUCUUAAUUUCUCUUCGGCUCAAAGAUUGUGAAAAAAAUAUUCAAGCAACCCAACCAUUUCUCGUUUCCGAAUUUGAGAGAAUGAUCCUUUCCAACUCCAACCCGGAGGUGGAUUCUCAUCGUUACUCGGAUUCAGAAGAAGAUUUCACGAAUGAAGAUGGAGUUUCGCAAGGCAGCAAAUCAAGAUCUGUCAAGCUCUCGGAAAAAUCAGCAGCAAGAAAAGAGAAAUCUCAGUUCAGUUUGGUUUCAAAUUCGUCCCUAAAUUUUAUGAAAACCACAAGCAGCUCGGAAGCGAGAAGUAGCUAUUUCCAGAAAUUGCCUGCAAAUAGGUCGUCUGGUUCGAAAUCCUCUAAGACUCUGACGAGAAUGUCCAGUGCUAGAUUCAAAGGUACAUUGAUGAGAAAAUCUUGUGGAGGAGCUGAGACGAAGAGGAAAGUGAAGCAGUUGAGAGGCGAUUCCGAUGAGCGUAAAUUGAAAUCUCCGGUAAGUUCUCGCAACUCUAAAUUGGGGAAUCGGAACAGUGGGCAGAGAAUUCGGGAUGUUUCAGUUUCUUAUUCAAAACCAAAUUCGAUCUCGGGGAUAAUGUUAACUAGAAAGCCAUCACUAAAACCUGUGAGGAAGUUAGCGAAAAUGGCUGCUUCCAAAUCCAAGAAGUAUUCAAUGGAAACAUCUGACUUUCCAGAAUCCUGUGUUGAAAAGGCCACAUGUUCUUCAGCUUUCAAGGGUUCUAAGUUCCCUGAUCACAUUGAGCAUCAACCAGGAGGAGAAAGAGAAUCUGAAAGAAUUGGUGUAAAGAAGAUUUGUCCUUACAGUUAUUGCUCCCUCCAUUGUCAUUCUCAUGGAAAUGCUGCCCCUCCAUUGAAGCGUUUAAAGUCGAUAAGGAAGCGUGCCCUGAAAGCUCAGAAGAACAAGAGGAAUGAGAGUGAACCGCUUUCUCGAGCCAAGCAAUCUGGAAAUAGGAAUGAUGGUAUUCGAGCAAGCAAUAUGGUAAGCAGAGAAGUACCAGUAACUCGUGAGAUAACUGACACAGGCAAACUAGUAUCUACUGCUGUAGAAGAAUCUGAUCCAAGUAUUCUUACUGAUAUCAAUUUGGGUGAAGCAUCAGAUUCGAAGGACAAAGGUAAUUUCGACGCAGGUGAAUGCAACUCGAAGGAUACUUUGGGCUCUUCUGCCUUUGACUAUGAGCUAAUGGAACGUCAGAGUGAAGCCAGUGAAAAGUUGAAGGGGGACUUUGUAGCGGAAAUCGACAAUCUAUCGCGCACGAGCUCCAGCUCUAGUAUCAGCUUAAAUAUUACAGCAGAAGUGCAGGACAUAAAUCCAAAGUAUAUCAGAAUGUGGCAGUUGGUAUAUAAGAAUGUGGUGGACAAUAGCAAGUCUGGAAAUACUGAUACCGAGCAACCUCUUCUUCAGGUGAAGGAAACAUCAAAGGAAGUUGACAACAAAUUGCUAGGAGAAACCAACUCUGCUUCCUUUAAGCUUCUUUCGAAUGCCGAUCAGGAAGGAGCAGAUGUCUAUCCUGAUGCAGCAGCCUAUAGAAAACUCGAGCUCUUCAAGAACGAAGCGGUUAAGCUAGUGCAAGAAGCUUUUGAUAGAAUCCUUCUCCCGGAAAUUCAAGGCCAAUCCCCUCGCCAUUGUGAGGAUAAUUCGAGAGAGAAGUUGUCUGGAAGGAUUCAAGCUGAAGUUGGAGGAUCAAGCAUCUUAAUUUCUUCUUCCAGAACUCGUUCUGCAGGAGAGGAUCUUGCACACGAUCCAGAAGAAACACAAACUAAAGUUGAGAAUAUCACAGACAUGGAAGAAAAGAAGACAAUGCCAACAAUAGAUAACGGGUCUACCCAGCCAGCUCCCAAGAGAUGGAGUAACCUGAAAAAGCUAAUCCUUCUCAAGAGAUUUGUCAAGGCAUUGGAGAAAGUGAAGAAGAUUAACCUGCAGAAGGCACGAUACGUACCUUCCGAGCUCGGCCUGGAAGGAGAGAAGGUUCAUCUCCAGCGUCAAGCAACAGAAGAAAGAAAAAAUAGUGAGGAAUGGAUGCUCGAUUAUGCAUUACAACAGGUUAUCUCAAAAUUAGAACCGGCUGAGAAAAAGAGAGUUUCGCUGCUUAUAGAAGCUUUCGAAACAGUUCUUCCUGUGCCAGGAGAUGAGGCUCACAUCAGGACCAAAACCGCAUUUCCUGCUGAUCCUCAUCAAGUUCAUGGAGCUUCUGAUGGAGCCGACAAAGAAAGUGAUCGACAAAAUGGUACUUCUGAGACCUUGCUCGAGAAAGUUUGGAACAUGAAGAAUAUUGUUAAAGGGCCUGCAGGCCAAGCAAACAAUAUAACCAAGGUAGAACACCGAAAUUCGAUAACAUUCUUUGAUAAAAGUCAAGCAAACUUACAACAUCUUGAGAAAUCAGAACAAGAUGAAGCUGUUAUUGAAACUAUGAGUCGAUGGUGGAGGCCGGUAGGAGGAGAAAUUGCGGCUCAGAAUUUUGAUAAGGUAGGGAAAGAAGCAACUGUAGAAAAUUGUGAGACCUCCAUGAAGCGAGAAGGCAAUAGCUAUCAAGAAGUUCCAGUGAAUGGAAAAAUUUUAAAGAUUUCUGAAAGGGUGAUUUCACGUUUGCACUCUGAACUACUUAAUAAUGGAGAUUUGGAGCAGGAUCAAACAAUUUCCAAAAAUGAUAGUUUGAUCAGUGUAACCGGUGGAGAAUCUGAUACAAUAUCGAAAAGCCUUUCUUCAGAAGAAUGUGAGACAUCAGCAGCAGCUAAAAGCCUCACUUUGGAAGAUCACGAACAAUCAACUGAAAUCAAUACUGCUGAAUGUUCCAUCUCUGCAUAUGAACUACUGGAAAAGGCAAGGGCGGCUAUAUUCGAUAAAAGUCGAAGAGCUCAAUCCGAAGCCGGUUCCAUCCAGGAAGAAUACGUUCCUCAAGAAGAAAUCAAGGCUGCUUCCAGCAUUGGUGGAGCAAAUGAAACGCACUUGGAGGAAAAGAAAAAUGCAAGCACGUGGUCCCUGAUAUUCAAGCACAUGGUUUCAAGCAUUGAAGCUAAAGAUGGAUCCGAGCCUCCUGUCGAUGAGGUGACCGACAAAGAUGGAAAGGAAUUUUCUCCAAGAAAACUAAAAAUGGAAAUGGAAGACAGCUUUGUGAAUGAUCCAGAUGUUCAACUCCAAUGCAUUGAAGCUGUAAAGCUUGUAAAUGAAGCAAUUGACGAAAUCCCUCUUCCAGAAAGCAAGGAUGCAUCCCGUGAUCGAUCACUCUCCGCCACAUUCCCAGAAGAGAAAGGACAUGAAGUCAGUGAAUUCCUUCUCCCACUUGCCAACAACUCUGAAAAAUAUGCCUCCGCAGAUAGAGGAAGAGAAGGAUAUGAUGCUACUGCUGUUUCUAAUCCUGACGACGAAUCGGUUAAAUCUGUCGACGUGAACAUCCAGGAGGAGGAAAAAGAGCAAAGUUUGGGAAGCAAACCCAACCAACAAGUUCUAAAGAAUUGGAGCAAUCUGAAAAAAGUGAUUCUUCUGAGGAGAUUUAUCAAAGCAAUGGAGAAAGUAAAGAAAUUCAACCCGAGACGGCCGAGGUUCUUGCCUUUGGUGCAAGAUGCAGAAUCAGAAAAAGUUCAGCUGAGGCAUCAAGACCCAGAAGACAGAAAGAAUGCGGAUGAAUGGAUGCUUGACUAUGCCCUUCAGCAGGCCGUGGCCAAACUCACUCCAGCUCGUAAACGAAAAGUCGAGUUGCUCGUACAAGCAUUCGAGACAGUUAAGUGAGAAUCGCCUUAGCAGCAGCCCUGCAACUUGCAGUUGCAUAUUAUUGAGACUGCAGCCUGUAAGACCAAAGCAAAGAUCCUCUCAAUCAAUUUCCUUUCAUUUUUAUUUUCUAUUUGCUGAGGAAGAGAAAAGGGUUACUUCCAUGCUAAUUCAUAUAGUAUUAUAGUGUGAGAUUUGUUAUGAUUUUAAAAAGUUUGAAGUGUUGGAUUGUGAAUAUGAAGGAAAGGUAGACAUAUCACAUAUGUAAGUGCUUCAAGAUGCAUCAGAUGAGCUGUAUGCUUCACUGUUUUGUUCAUUCUUUGAUUGAUAUAAAGAAAGGCUUUAUAAAUUAUUAA